UAGUGCAAUACAUUUACUUUGCCGACUUGAUUCUGUCUGUAGUUUAAAGGUAGAAAUGGGUGACACAGAAUAUAAGUGGGCCUUGAAGAAUGGAGACUUGGAUGUGGUCCGAGAGUUUGUAGCCAAGGGUGAAGAUGUAAAUAAAACACUUGAAGGAGGAAGGAAGGCUCUACAUUAUGCUGCAGACAGUGGACAGCGGGAGGUGUUAGACUUCCUGUUAUCCAAAGGAGCAGAUAUUAAUGCUCAAGAUAGGUAUGGUAUCACACCACUAUUUUCAGCUGCCUCGGAGGGUCAUAAGUCCUGUAUUUCAUUGCUCUUGUCAAAGGGUGCUGAUAAAAAUGUGGUAUGUGGAGGAACGAAAAUCAUUGAUGCUACUGAAAGGCAGGACAUAAAGGAUCUUCUGAAGUGACGAGGAUUUGGAUUAAUGAACUACAGAAUGGGUGCCUCUCCUGUGGCCUCACACUGCUGCCUCUUUAUCUGCAAGCUUCAGCUAAUAGUUACUAGCACUUAAACUGUGCACUUUAACAUCAGUUUUGGAGAUAUGGAAAUCUACACAGUUGCAUAACUUGUCCAAUUUUCUGCUUGUAUACAGAUUUGCACAUUAGUUU